AUGCUAAAGGGUGUACCUCCUCCAUGCAAUUAUGUCAUCAAUGGUCACCACUACAAUAUGGGUUAUUUCUUAGCCGAUGGUAUCUAUCCAAAGUUGUCUAUGAUUGUACAAGAUUUCUCUCAGACAUUGGACAUUCCCGACUAUAGGAGGCCAGGCAUCGGAGAUUAUGAUGAUACAAACUUAGAAGAAGAAGUUGUUCCUGGUCAAAACGAGGAUGGAGCAUUUGAUUAUUAUGGAGAUUACAACGAUCAAAUCCCAGAUAACUUUGAACAUGCAGUUGAACAUGUUUAUGAAGAUGGACAUGAUUAUGACGAUGAUGAGGACGAUGACGAUGAGGAGGACGAUGAUGAUGAGGAUUCUGAUGAUGACGAUGAUGCUCUGUACGAUGAUGCGGGUAUGUAUGAUGAUGAUGAUGUUGAGGCAUAG